CCAUACAAGCCUCGAUUUGACUUGGUCGGGCGUGAGAGUGCAUCUUUCCAGUACCAGAGGCCGAUGAAGAGAUGCAUGUUCUUUUGCUUCCGUCUAUGGAGAACAUGCAAUGAAACGCGACAGCAACUGGUGAAGAGGUUCCUCACAGAAAGUGAGAGCGAGGGUCUCGCAUAA